AGAUUUACCGCCUUCACUGGUAGCAUGGCCAGAAUGGACAUGUGCGCCUCAGUAACAAAAGUGCGCCGCAGCAUACCUCGAAUUCUUUCAAUCAGCAAGAAAAAUGCACAGGCCUCUACAGCUACCUCCCACCCGGUCAUCAAAGAAGAAGAAGAUAGCCCCGCUUGUGUUGCCGAGCAUGCAUCCAUGGCGUGUCACAAUUCACAGAGCAUGUGUCCGGCUAAGAAAGAAGCGGAUCAAGAACAGCUAAUAAUUUCUGUAGACAAGGAGGUCACUAUUGAAGCCCCAAAUGAAACAGAAGAAACGCUGGAGAACGAAAUGAGCAAAGUGAUCUCUGUUCGUCAGGUUCCACAAAUGCACAUGGCUCCACUUACGCUGCGAAAUCCCCGUCCCUCUAAUAACAUAGCUGAAGACUGGGACGUGACGAAGUCUUUAACUCCUAAUGAAUUAUUGCUAGCAUUAGUGAACCACUUUGCGCCUCCAAUGGAGGUAGAGGAAACACCACCACUUUUGGAAAGAGAGCUGUCAAUGGACAACACCUUCGUGAUAUCGAAUGAGGCCGUGGGGUUCGAAAAUGGCGUUGCGUAUACCUCCGCACUGCAAGAAGAAUCGAUUCCUCAAGUACCGCUUCCAACUUCUUCAGCAAGGGAUGAUCAUAUAUCCGCAUUGCCUGUUGAGCUUCCUUCACCUCCUCUUAACCGAUCACCACAGUUGAACAGCGUCAUGCCAGAUGGCACAUCUUCCAAAUAUUCCCCUGUAACACUUGGAGGAGCCAUAGGUAUUCGCAGACCGCGCUCUUCAAAUUCACAGGCAGCGAAUAACAAUCUCACGUUAGACCAGCUCAAUCCCACUCUUGCUGAAGCUCUCGCCGCGAUGAAGGCAAGGAGCAAUGCUUCGACAAAAUCUACUGGGAGCACAGUAUUCGCAAACGGUUCUGAAAGCUACUCAAGCCGACGCGAGCUUCUGCCUACCCGCAUGUCCGGUCCUGUGACCUUGGAAAGUCUUGCCCCAGUCAGCUCUGCAUCGCCAGAUGGAAGUGCCGUCACAUCGUCACAUAUUGUAUCAUUCAACGGCCAGACUACAGAGGUUCCCGAGGAGAUUUACUGUCAUCUUUGCGAUUAUCCGAUGAAGCUAUGUCUGCGAAAAACGAAAUACAAAGGAGAAAUCCGUGAAUACGCCGCCUACAGAUGUCUUCGAAAAGGUUGUCAGACCUUCCGUUCUGUACGCAAAGUCAUUGAACCUGAUUAUCCUUACCCGCGUAAAAGAAAAAUUGAGGAUUCUUAUGAUACCUUCGAUGCUUGUGGCACACUGAGUGGUUCGGGUUCAGGUAUGAACAGUCAUGGGAGUGGUUCGCGGGACGCCGAAGUCCCUACCGGAACGUUGAUUUACGUAAAGCAAGAAGUAACAUCGAAGCAAAUGGAGAAAAUGUUGGAAUUUGACUUCAAGUUUUUUGACGAGAAACCCGCGCCUAUGCACAUCAUACCUAGACUGCUAUUUGGUCGUUUAAAUAUGUCAGUCUCCGAAAUGGAUGAGCACCUUAAAACUGCACAGGGCCAAAAGGAAAUCCAGCACCUCAUAAUGCAUUUUCGCCAACCAUCACCUCCGCCCUGCGUUAUAGAGGCAGCAGAACGAUGGGAAGCUAUGGCGCGAGAAGAACAAUCGCAAGUUCAUUCGGGUUGCUUUGUACAGUCAACGCCAGCUCUCACCAUACCUGCUUCCGUGUCGCCCUCGCUGCCUGCUGAGCCUCCUCCGAAGUCGCUGUUAAGCCAGGCGCUGCCGUCGUAUCCGUUGCUUCCUCCUCCUCCUGUCUCAACAGUAUCAUCGUGUUGCUCGUCAUCAGUGCAUCCUAUCAUCUCCUACACGCAGAGCACUCAGAGCAUUUACGACCCCACAACUAUGUACGAAUACCCCGUUUCUAAUCAGCCGUCGCGUCUUGAUAGCAUGUCAAGCUCCUCUUGUGCGAUGGCAAGCCAAAUCCAUACUCAAGAUUUCAGAAAUCAGCAAUGUAUCAGCGAAAUAAUCUGGUAAGAUCUCAGCCGUUAUCUCGCUUGCUCAUACUUUCAUGAUGCGAGAACGCUGUGUAGAUUACGUGUUUCAAACUUCAACCUGAAAUAAUAUUUGUUUUACUUUUUUUACAGUUAUUUUUGUUCAUUGUUUGAUUUACAUGAUUUUGUCACAUUGAUUUCCAUUCUAUGACUUCGCCGCUGAAGAGUAUUUGUAAAAGUUUUAAGUUGUUCCAUAUCGUCGUUUAAUAAUUUUUCCCAUGCCCUGUCGUCUUUUAAUCUUAUAGGCUAUUUUAUGAGCAUCUUCACCCUUGUGAGUUGUUUUACCGGUCCUAUUACAAGUUGUCAUGUUGUGUUGUCGAGAGGCUUACUGUUUGCGUUGACUUAUGCAACGAGUCUGUUGGAGAUAAUCAAGUAGCCAGCAAUUACUUGCCCCUGCUUAGGGUGUACUGAACUAACGGGGUUUAUUUCUGUUAUUUCUGCUUCUCUGUGUAUCAUGAUUUGAGCUAUGCAUUUUAUCUAAGCUUUGGGAUAGUGCC